UCUGCGACGCGAGCUCCUGCAGCCGGGCCAGCUCCCCGCUGGCGGCCGCGCUGUGCAGCCUGCCGCUGGCCUGCGGCCGCAGCCUCGUGAAGAGUUUGGCGACCCUCUGCAUGCUGCGGCGGGGACGAGGGGAGGGCACAGCCCGUCCCGGGGGAGCGGCCGCAGGAGGCGCCCCGCGGGCGCUGCCGAGCCCCGGGCGGGGAGUGGGCGAUAAGGGCGGAGUGCCGAGCCAACGAGCGGCGGCCGCGUUUCGCAGCCCCCGACGCUGCCAGCCAGAAGCGUGCUGCCAGCCGGUAGCACUGAGCUCCGCGGCCAGCUCGCAGCCUUAAGGGAGAGAGCGCGCUCGGCGCGCCACAAGGGGGCUUAUGACGCCGGGGCGAGCUGUGCCUCCGCCGGGAGCGCGCCCCACCCCGUGAGGCUCCCGGGCCGGGCAUGGCGAAGGCCGCGCCGCGGCGGCGGCUCCUGCCAGCGUGGAUGGGGACAGCGGAUGGCGACGGGCCGGCCGUGGCCCCGGCCCCUGCGGCCGGGCGGCGGCAGGCGGCGGCAAGGCCCAGCGCGGCGGUGGUGCGCUGCAUGAACGAGGCGGAGCUGGUGGACACGGCUCUCGCGGUCCUGGCAGAGGUGAGCCCGGACCCCCAGCGUGGAGCCGCCGCACUGGCCGUAACGGGGCGCGGGCAGGAAGCGCUGUCCCCCGCGGCUGCCGGGCGGCCCCUCUCCGGGAGGCGGAGCUGGGAACGCUGCCGAGCGCCGCCCGGGUUUCCCGUCCCCCCUCUGCGCUUGCCGGAGGCUACCAGGGCCGGAGCGGCCGCCCUUGUACCCCGGCAGCCCCGCCGGGCGGUGCGAGACAAACCCAGCGUCCCCCGCGGACCGGCGAGGGGUGUCCCGCGGGGUGCUGGGCUGCCCUCACCCCCAGCCCUCGGGGCGAAGCCGCGCACAGCCGGGUCUGUUUGUUUUCCCUUUGGUCAGAAGCUACAGCGCGAGGAAGGAGGGGAGAAGGCCUGGUCCCGGAGGGAAGAGGAGCAGGAGCUCCCGCUAACGCCAGGCGAGGCUCCUGGAAGCACAGCUAGCACGGGGGUAGGCAGCGACCGCGGCGCGGCGCUCCCAGCCACUCCUGGCGCUGGUGCUGAUGCAGAGAGGACAGGCUGGGAGGACUCUCAGGAUGAUGUUCUGAAAUACGUCAGGGAGAUCUUUUUCAGCUAACGCUGUGCCCUCUAUGGCUGCCCCGGAGCAAAGGGGACAGUGAGGAGGGUGUCCCACAGCCCUGAGGAUGGUGGGAGCAGGGCGUGGAGUGGGCUGUGUGUCUGCUGUGUUGGUAGCCUGUGGAGCUGCCUGUGAAGACCGGGGGGGGAAGGAAAGGGGCACACACUUCUCCCACUCUCUGCUGGGUUCAGUGGGAUGUGGCUUCAGAUGAGGUUAUGUUUAUUUCUGUUUGGUAUCUCAGAGCACGGACAGAUUAAAGAAGACAUUUGGCUUUCUGUGA